GACCGUAGUGUUUUACUGACAUAAAAUCUGAUAUUUUAAUAUUUCGUUUCAUAAAACAAAAUGAAGUUAAAUUCGAAAGAUGAAUUCGAUGAUUCUAUAGAAUUAACUAAAAUAGCUUUCAUGACAGCAGGCUUUGAACUAGGAGAGACUAAAUAUUAUUUUAUAAAAUGGUUAUAUUAUUUUAAUGUAUUAUGGCUUUAUAUUGAUGUUUUUGGAGAGUUCUCUUGGCUGGCGGAAGGUGUAAGGAUGGGUAAAGGUUUGGAUGAACUGUCGAUGAAUACACCAUGUUUCGCCAUGUGUUUAUUGGCAACUGCAAAGAUAUUACCGUUUUUUUUCAAUGAGCAAAUUUUUAAAAAAGCUGUACAAACGCUUAGAUCUAUUCAUCCGGAUGAAGGUGAAUCGGAAGACGUCGAUAGAAAAAUAGUUAUAGAGUCACAGAAGAUUUUGAAGUUGGUAAACAAAUUUUUCUUCGUUGCUACCAUGGGGGCUAUCGUUUUGUUUUGUUGUGAACCCAUUACGUUGAUGGGUUACGAAUAUUAUAACACGGGGGAUGUAAAGCUGAAGUUCCCUUUCCUGGUCCAAUAUGUUCUCUUCGAUGCGUACGCUAAUAUUACGAUAUGGAUUUUCAUGUAUGUACAUCAGAUUUGGUCUACUGUGAUCGUGUGUGUUUUUUUAUUCGCCGCAGACACGUUGUUUUACGCUUUUUGCAUGUUUCUGAGGAUGCACUUCCGGAUCCUUGGCCGCCAGCUCGAGAACGUCGUAAGUCCCUCGCCGGAAGAAACAAGGAAGAAUAUGCGGAAAUGUGUUCAAAAACAUCAGGAGUUGAUCGAAUUGGUGAAUCUUCUGGAGAUUUUGUAUUCAAAAUCAACGCUAUUCAAUAUAAUCAGCGGUUCUAUUUUGUUAUGCUUUGACGGAUUUACCAUUAUGGUGGUACAAAAGACAGGCACAAUGCUCAAGUUCGCUUCGUUCCUGCUAAUGAGUCUUACGCAAGUAUUCCUGCUUUGUUGCUUCGGCGACCUGCUAAUGUCAUCAAGUGUCCAAAUAAGUGAAGCAGUCUACAGCUGUAGGUGGUACGAUGCUGAACCAGCCAUCCGGAGCAGUGUCCUGAUCAUUUUAAUUAGGUCUCAAAAGCCGUGCAAAGUGACUGCAUGCAACUUCGCAGAUCUCAAUUUGUCUGCAUUUACUACGAUUCUCAGCCGAUCGUAUUCAUGUUUUGCUCUCCUGAAAACGAUGUAUGGAUGAAAUUACCUACCUAGA